GCGGUCAUUUUAAGCUCUGGCGUUGCGAUGGAUGACUCUCACAACUUUUUACUGGACUAGUUUAGCUGUCAAAGAUGAUGAAUAUUCCUAAAAAAGUCAAUAUAAUUGUACAGCGUGGGGAGAAUUUGGAAUACACUUCGUCACUUAAAAAAGCCUCUAAAAGUCGUCGAUGGCGCGUUAUAUUUUUGGGUGGAGCGGUUAAAUUAGCCUCAGAGUAUGUUGAUGCAGAAGAUGGUCGUCCAAUAUGGGAUUGUGAAGUAACAUUGGAUUUGAUUAGUCCAUCAGAUCCAGUUACUUUACUUGUUGUCGAUGGAGAUAAUCAUCAUAUCGGUCAAGUUGAUAUCCCCUUAAAUCAAGUUCCCCAAACUGGCAAUCCAAAUUUCGACUUAUCACGGUUAUGUUAUUCUGAUUUAAAAGCGAAGCGAAAAAAUUCUAAUACACAUGGACGUUUAGUUUAUUGGAUUUGGGCUAUUGACUAUUGGCCUCCAGGAACUCAAGCUAAUACUGUACACCAUUCUAAAUCAUUACGUGGUUCACUUACAAAUCUUAGUUCGAAAAUACGUUCAAAAUCUAAGCAUAGAUCCAAAAAUGAUAAUGAUUACACUAAUGGUUAUCAAAAAAGGGAAAUUAAUGGUUCAUCUGCUACUUUACAAGUACCCGGUAUGUCAUAUAAUCCAUUUGAAAAUGAUGGUACUGUAAGUGAAUUCAGUGGACCAAUGGGUUUACCACCAAUGUAUCAAUCACAUUCAAAUAGUCCAUAUGCUCAAUCAGAAUUUGGUGGAUCACUUGCAGGCAGUAUAAAAUCAACUAAACAAAAAAAUAUGUUGAAGAAAUUUAAAUCGAAACUUUCGCAUAGUACACUUAAUUUGGCUGAAGCAGCAGCUAAAAAAGCUGCUGGGAAAGAUCCUUACUUUCAAAGUCUCGAAAAAGGAUCAAAAUCAAAUUUAAGAGGAAGUCAAUCAUCUAUUGGCGGGACAUCUUAUCGAGCCUCAACUUCUCAAUUAGAUAUUUCUACUCGUCUAGUCAGUGAUAAUGGUGGUGGUUACCCAUCACAAAGUUUGUAUCCUCGUCAAGAUUCAGGUAAAUCAAGGAUAUCAGCCAGUUCAUAUUUAGAUGAGCAAGGUGUUGCAACACCUAUUCAACAGCGAACUGAUGGAGUUGGUGAAGUUUCAGCUGCACCUUUUGAGUCACCUGGUAGUUUUCAUACUUCAGCAUUCGGUGCUCAACCUGAUGAUCGACCUAGUAAACCUAUUGAAGAUAUGACAAAGCGUGAAACAGCUGAAUAUGUGACACAUUUACUAAAAUCGUUACAAACUGCUCGAACAGAGAUUACUCGUUUACAAAUAGAAAAUGAUCGAUUGACUGGUCAUUCACAUGAAUCUGAACGAGAAUUAAAUGAAGUUCGUAUGACUUUGGCAACAUUACGCAAUCGUCUAUUAGAAGACAAUCUUACACAAUAUCUUGAAUUGCCUCGUGAAACCAAUGGUUACAUGGGUAUUGGAAGUAGCAGAGUCGAUAGUGUUAUUGGUCUUAGUGUGCGUAAUAAUACUGGUAUGAUGAACAAUGCCAAUCCAUUUGACAAUGUACGACAUGAAAGUACUAUUGAACCCCAAUCAUUUUUGUCGAAAAUCUCCUCUCUAGGAAUGAAUGCUCGUUUAGGAAAUAUCAUUCCACCGACAAAUAAUCAAUUACAAACAAAUGGAAACAGUGCUAAUUUUGGUGGAGGAGGAUGGUGGUAAACAACUAAUCCAUAGAAAAAUAAAUAAUAAUUUGAAUGAAUUGGAUUAUUACACUCCCCGAGCUUUACUUUGAUUUUGUUUUAGAUAAUUGAAUCACCUUGACCUUGUAAUGGAAAAUACUUUUGUGUGUGUUUGUAUGUGCUUGAAUGAUCCUAUUUGCUCAUUUGUAUGAUUAUUUUCUCUAUUUAUUAUUGUUUUCUUGACGUAAGCGGAGGUGAUUUUGUACUUAGGUCUAUAUGUAUAUGCUGUACGCAAAGUAAAAAAAACAUUUCAGGUUGAAAUGUCUUUCAACAUUAUUACUAUUAUUGUUACUGACUAUUAUUAUUAUUGUUAUUCCUAUUAUUCUGCUUCCAAAUAUUACUAUGUUUAUUUUAUUUAAACAAUAUCGAGGCUAUAGAUGUGACAAAAAACAUAUGAACACAGACAAGCGCAUUGAUUAACACAUAUCCAUUCACUAUUGUUCAACAGCUUUGGUGAAAUACAGUAACUAUCUUAAAUGGUAAAUCUACACUUUAGCGCAUCUACUAAAUACAAGUUUAGAGGUUAUAAUCCAUUGUACCAUAAGAAUGAAAUAAAUUUUUGUUUGUUUUUUUAAUAAAAAAAUUCUUAUCUACAGAAGAUCUGUGAUAUUCAGUUGUUUUUGUUUCUAUUCCUAACUAGAACAAUAUUUAAUUGCUCAAUGAUCAAUAGAAUAUUGCCAUCAUUCCUUCUACAUAAACAUUUUUCAUUUACACUUAUUCACAUUAUCCUGUAUUCUCAUAUCAAUAAUAAUAAUUCUUUUAUUAUCUUUACUGACAAUGUUUCAUUUCUGUGUUAUCUUCUAUCUUCUCUAAAAAGGACUACUUAUUACUUUACUUCCUAUCAGAUAAUUUUCACAUGCAAAUUUGAUAAUGUUGUCACAUUUCAUUAAUAAUUUUCUAAAGAAAAAAGAUUCCCUUUUAUCCAGGGUUUACUCAUUGAGAGAGUUUUUCUUUUUUUUAAAUUGAAGAGAAAUUUUGUUUCUAUGUUUUAGUAAAAUAAAUUUUUCGUUUGGUUUUAUCCAAAAAUCACUCAUUCCAUGUGCUUUUCUACGUGUGUGUGUACGCAGAUCGAUUGGCGCUAAAAAAAAAACAACAAAUAACAUACAUCCCCAUGCUAAAUGUAUACAGGCGUAUACGUGUGUUUGUUCUUAUUAUUUCAUAUAUAUGUAUAUUGACAAGGUGGAAAAUAAAAUGGUUGUGUGUGCUUUCUCAACCAUAUACACAUAAUUGAGUGAUUUCAAGGUGUGUUCCAAUCAUAUUUAUCAUUUUUGUUUUCUUUGAUCUAAAAUUUCUUUAAUGAUUUCAUUCAUGGUGAAUUCCAUGCAUUAAAUUGUGUUUUUUUGUUGUUGCUUCAUCUAGGAAUUUUUCAUCACAUGCCAACUCCUCUUUUAUUUUUAAAUAAUAAAUGAAAUUGCUUUUCCCUCACUUUAAUUGAAUCUUACAUCAAUCAGUUUUCUUUUUGUCUUGUCUUGUUCAUUACAUAUAAACAAUUGUUUAAUGAUUAUUUAUCAUUUGAGAGUGCCUAAUUGAAUAUCAAUGUAUAUGGAGUUUCUUCAUAUUAUCAUUAUUAAUAUUAAUAUUAAUACGACCAAUAUAUAUUUACUUUUGUUUAGUAUGGAAUAGUCAAUAAUUUUCUACUUAUUAAUAUGCACAAUUUGUUGUUUUUUCUGUGCCAAUUUGAACAAUUGUUUAUUCUUUUUUGUUCUGAAAAAGAUGACGAGGGACUGAAAGAGCAAGUCAGCUAACGAGAAAGUUGUCAUUUUUUGUUUUAAUCUACUAGUUUUAAGUGACAUCAGGAAAAAAAAAGUUCGAUCCUUUGUGAUUUUAAGCGAUUAUCUGUUUUGUUUGUUUUUUUUUUGAAAAAAAUUACUUUUCAUGAAUGUACUGUGUAACUAUACAUACGUCGGGCAUACAGUAGUAGUUACUUGGAUUUUAAUUCACCUUGAAAGGGAAAGAAAAGAAAAGAUUGUUCAAUUUUAUUCUGAAUUUUGUAAAGCCAAAAAGAGAAAUGAUUAACUGUAAUUGUGUAUUGUGAUAAGAUAUAUUUAAUAUAAUAUUGAGAAUGUUAACUAAUUAUUAUUAUUAUUAUUAUUUUGUUUAUAAUUGGCAAUUCUUUUUUUAUCCAGCCUAACAAAAAAGACGUUGAAAAGAAUUCAAUAUGAAACUAAUAACAAGAUAUUGUUCAGUUGGAUAUUAAUUAAUAAAAGUGUUCAUAAUGAUAACCAUGAUUAAUAAUGACAGAAUGAAUACUUUUCAUAUGAUUCUUGUCUUUUGUUUUGAUUGUAUGUCUCUGUGUUUAUGAAUUACUGGAUCUUUAUUUGUUGGUGUUUGAUGAUAAUGGAUUAUUUCCAUUGAUAAAUAUUUGUGGUGAUAGAUGGAUUUUAUGCGGUGAAUGUUUCGAUGUUUAUUGAUGAAAAAUAAGCUCAGUUAUCUGUCUAAUGCACAAGAUAAACAAGGUUCUUAUCCAGUUAUAGAGUUUUUUUUUCCAUCUUCAAUCAUUCUUACUAGAUGAUUUUGAACAACAUCAAUGUUUCAACCACAGUUAAACUGUUCAAUAUCAUUAUAAACAUUCUAUGAAAAGCAU